UGCAAGACUCUCGAGCAGUGGCUAUGGAUUUUAGUGUUUGAUUGGGUUGUACAUUGGUGUGCUUUUCAAUUAAAUCCAGUAAGUAUCCUACAUUGUUACACCAUCAAGAGCUCCCCAGUCAGAGAAGACAAAGACUCCAGAAAGCAGAGCAGAGGUUUGGAGGCUGCAAUGGAUGGACCAAACAAGAAAACUAAAGGUUUUUUCAAGUUCUUCAACCCUGAAACCUCCUCACAGAAAAUGGAAAUGCCCCCAGAAGUUUCAGCUUACAUGAGAGGUAAACUGCCGAGGACAGUAUUUCUGAGAGACAGGUACAAGAACAUGUGGGAAGUGAAGGUAGGAAGCAGUGGAAAUGACUUGUUUUUUGAAGAAGGUUGGGAAAAGUUCAUCAAGGACAAUUGUGUGGAACUAGGGGAUUUCUUAGUUUUUGACUACAUCGAUACCAAGUCUCUGUUUGACUUCAAACUGUUGGGGCAUCCCUGCUGUGAUGAGAAGUUAGGUGUUGGGCGUCCGAACUUUCUGGUCAAGGAGGAAGUAGAAUGGGACCCAAGCAAUGACAGUAUUAUCAAUGAGAAUAACAUGUCAGAAGAUGAAUAUGAAUUUGCGGAGGUGGAGGUGAAAGAAGAAGAAGAAGAUGAUGAUGAUGAUGGUGAUGGUGAAUGUAGAAUAGAAGCUGCUCUUAGAAGAAACCACCAUAAGCGAAAUGCGUUUGACUACACUGGGGCUAGUAUUUUCAAGUCAGGGCUCUAUCCACAACCCAUAAAUCCUUACUUUGUGACAAAAACCAGAAAAGGGAGGAAAAAUGAGCUGCACAUUCCUGAAUAUGUAAUACGCGAUUUCAACCUCAAGCUGCCAUCAACGAUGAUCCUUCGUGACCCCAAGGGAAAAGAUUGGGAAGCAAAGGUCAAACCAUGGAAAGAUGGGCGAGUAGUAUUUGCAGGAGGGUGGAAAGAGCUAUGCAAAUGGAACCUAAUUCAGGAAGAAGACAGUUGCAUUUGCGAAUUUGUGGCCGAGGAAAGAGAAAUGGGAAGAAAGGAGCUUCUGCUGCAGAUACAAGUUGUUCAUGGACCUCAUUAGGCCUAAUGUGUGUUUUCAGAUCGGCAACUACAAUGAUGGUGGUGAGGACGAGGAGAGAGAGAGUAGCGGCUUUCUCUGGGUUUGAAUGAGUCAACAAUGAAACAAGUCAUCAAAUUAUUUGUAUUUAAAUUCCACGUCAGCAUUAUGGAGGAAGGGUUACCGGAUGGAAAGGAGAAAAACUCGAAGAAAAUGCUAAGCUAACAUAAUUUUUAAAGUAAUGUGGUAAAUUAGAUCUUAUUUUAGAACAAGGUGUUAGUUGAGCACUUGUUAAUAGUAGAUGUAGCUAUUUGACACUUCUG